UGGCCGAGCAGCAGAGCCUUGCCUUCAGACAGCAGGAAUGUGGGAUGUCUGGAGUGGGGGUCAGGAAGCGAGGAAAGAAUGCCAAGCAUGUCCAUGUUUGUCCAGGGCUGGCUCUCCAUUCAGCCCCCGGUGACGUGCUGCGAGGGCCAGCGAGUAUAAAGGGAGCCGGGCUCAGCAGUCAGAACUCAGAUCAGCUCCUCUACCGAAGCUAAACUCUAGCUUUCACCCAGACAGAAGAAGAAAAAAAGAAAGACUGUGACCGGAGCAGCAGAGAAACCCUACGAGACGAACGGGACAAGAGAUCGACUUGAUCACAAACGGAGACGAAAAGGAAGACUUUCUCAACGAGACUUAAGGAAAAACUAGACUCUUAUUUCUACAAGGAAGACGACAUGUCUGCCGCAAUGAAGACAAUGAUUUUGCUGCCUUUCCUGUGCAUCAUGCUCUCAUACAUGGUUGCCGGUCAGGAGUGCAGCAACCAGUGUUCGUGCCCCUCCACUCCGCCUCAGUGCCCCCUGGGAGUGAGCCUGGUGCUGGACGGCUGCGGCUGCUGCAGGGUGUGUGCCAAGCAGAUGGGGGAGCUGUGCACUGAGAGAGACCUCUGUGACCCCCACAAAGGCCUUGACUGUGAAUUCGGAGCCCCCAUCAACAGACGCAUAGGAGUGUGCACAGCUCGAGAGGGAGCCACCUGUGUGUUCGGAGGCAGGAUAUACAAGAGCGGGGAGACUUUCCAGAGCAGCUGCAAGUACCAGUGUACCUGUCUGGACGGAGCAGUGGGCUGCGUCCCGCUUUGCGCCAUGGACGUCAGGCUGCCCAGCCCCGACUGCCCGAUGCCAAGACGUGUCAAGGUGCCAGGGAAGUGCUGCGAGGAGUGGGAGUGUGAUUCUCCCAACAGACACAGUUUCAUGGGCUCGGCUCUGGCUUCCUACAGAGAGGAGGAGACCUAUGGCCCAGACCCGUCCAUGAUGAGGGAGAACUGCCUGGUUCAGACUACUGAAUGGAGCGCGUGCUCAAAGACUUGCGGCCUCGGGGUCUCCACCAGGGUCACCAAUGAUAACCGCGAAUGCCGCCUGGAGAAACAGACCCGGUUGUGUAUGGUGCGACCGUGCGAGUCCCAGCUGGAGCAGAGCAUCAGGAAAGGGAAAAAGUGCAUCCGUACGCCCAGGCUGUCCAAGCCCAUGAAGUUCGAGAUCUCCGGCUGCACCACCACCAAGUCCUACAGGCCGAAGUUCUGCGGCGUCUGCCUGGACGGCCGCUGCUGCACCCCGCACAGGACCACCACCCUGCCCAUGGAGUUCAAAUGCCCCGACGGACAGUUCAUGAAGAAGCACAUGAUGUUCAUCAAGUCCUGCGCCUGCCACCACAACUGCCCCGGGGAGAACGACAUCUUCGAGUCCAUGUAUUACAAGAAGAUGAUGGGAGACAUGGCGUGAGCCGCUGAAGGACGACCACCGCUGAUGACUUGAAAUCAAACAGAACUCCAUCUCAUUUUUGCAGCUCAGCAUAUAUGUUUUUUUUUUCUUCUUUCUUCUCUUCUCAUUGUAAAAGUAGUCGAGACACUUUAUCUAAGUGUCUGUGUGUUUUGUACGGCUGUCACACAUCAGCCACAUAGACUCAGACAGAGGGUUGCAUAGCAGCUCCGAGAGAUUCCUGCACUAUAACUUCUAUUUUCUUUGACAAGCCUGCUGUCAGGUCGCCGCCCUUUCCCCUUGAAAUCCCUUUUUACAGACUCGUCCGUUUUACUGUAUGCAUUUUUUAAACCUUAUCUAAACCUCGACGUCCUCCCUAAAUGGGUGUCUAAUAACCCCACCCCUCCCAUCCUCCGGGCCCAGACCAGACCUGGAAACUCUAAGCAGCUGUAGAUGUAGCACGCAGACCACAGACGGCCAGUGUUCCCCUGUGCAAACAGGUCUGAAUGUGUCCUUGUGUGUGUGAGUGAGCAUGUGCGUGUGUGUGUGUGUGUGUGUGAAUGCCGGCCUUGUCUCUUACCUCUAAGCAGGUCCCCCCUGCUCACAGAGUAGAGGAAAGGUCAGAGUUUCCGCCCAGUAACGUGGAUGAGAAAGCAAGCAGCGUGCUGAGUUUAAGGUUAGAUAUGCAACAGAGUGGACUUUGCCACGGCACUGAGAGAAAAAAAAAAUUAAAAAAAGAAAUGACAUGUUGACUUUUACUGAUUCAGGUCAGACGGAAGGAACCAAGUGGUUACAGGAACAAAGUGUCUAUUUUGGACAAAAAAAUAGAAGAAACGACUGGAAGAAUUGUAAUUUCAUUCCUUUUUGUUGUUGUUGUUGUUGUUGGUGUGUAAAUGAUGUAUAUAUUUGUACAGUUUAAGUUAAUUUAAAAGCCAAAUUUGUUCUGUGCUUUGAAAUGUAUCGAUAGUGUCUUUUUUGCGGACAGUAUUUUUUACUAUUUUAUUGAGAAGUGUGACAAAGAUGUCACAUGUUUCACUUUGUAGCUGGAAAUAAAAUGUUAUAU